AGCGUACACACGCCGAUUUGAUAUAUUUUCAGUCUAAAAGUGGUUCUGCUGUUUCUUUUUUCUAGUCUCGUCCGCAUAUGAUUUUAUAUUGACGCAGUCUAAAAUCAAGUACUAUUGUUUCAUAAAAGUUUUUGAAAAAGUCUUGAUGGUCCAAUUCGUAAUUGAUGAACACCUCAAAAAAGAUGAUGCCCAGAACAAGGACAACUCGCUGGCCUUCCCAAAAAUAUGUUGCGGCUUGAGGCGUUAGACAAAGCUCCACUAUAGGCGCAACAACGUGCGGGUGGUGCGUGAUUAAGGAAAAAAUAGCCGCGACACAACACGUGAAGAUGAUAUCGAAAAGGUGACAUUAGAGAAAAGACCCGCGAAGACGCGGGGUUGCGGAAGAUGGAAGAAAGUCACCGGAAGCGGAUCUUUCGCGCACGUCGAUACUUGCGCGAAUUUCUGUAUUAUCUUUUCGUAGAAGUAGUUCAGGUGAAAUUGAAGAUGAUGCCCUUCUUUCAUCAAAUAAUUCUUACGAAUCUCGCGUGCAACGUGGAAUAGAUCCUGGGUCCUUUAGUCCCUUCCGAAUUCCCUUUUUUGUUGGUCGUUGGGUAGUUCUCUUGCUUUGUAGUUUGAUGUAUGAUCUUUCGCUUAUCCGACAUCAGGGGCCAGAUUCAUAUUCUGGAUAUGCUAGUGGAGCGUGGGAACGUGGUGACAGUUGACGUUUCCUUGAAUUAUGAUAUUAGUGACGACCAUAGAAAUAGGAACGAACAUAGAAAUAUGAUCGGAAAAUGUUUAGGUGCUGUCAGAAAUAUGAUCAGAAAAUGUUGAGGUGCUAUCUCAUAGCCACUUGUAAAAACUACCAGGCUACUUACCAGGAAUGGUUUUUUUCUCUCUUACCAGCCAUGGGCUUAGGGUUUCCCUUCUUUUUCAUUCUUUGUAGCUCGUCUGCAACUGCACGUACGACCUCUAACUGAAGUUUCAUGCGGUCAUCAGCGCCAUAUUGGAGUACGGGCAUCAUCAUGCGUCCUCGUGGUCGCCGCCAGACAGCAGUCGGCACGCAGCGGCUGAACAGCAACCACAUGUAUUACGAAAUUCUUCUAGAAGUGAUGUUAAUAUUUUUGCUGUUCUGAAAAUCGAUCGAUGAAAAAAGUAUUUUGGUAUUUCUUAUCGAACGUCGUGUAUAAACCAUUAUUUUUGAGGGAAGUGCUUACCGACAUUCAAAGAUAUAAUUUUGAAUUUGAUUGUUAUCUAUCAAUCUAUGACAAUCAAAAAAUAGCUUCUAGCGGAUUCCGCCGGCCUUGGUAGUCCUGGAUUGUAUUUGCCGAGUAAUGUCUUGUCUGAAGUGGGUGUUUUUACGACACAGCAUCGCAAGCGGACUUCGACCCCCGUGUGCCAAUCGCAGUUGCUGGCAAGUGCGAAUGCGUAUUGACUUCGCGGUGCUUCUCGUCUUUCCUUAUAAAAGGUUUUUUUGAACAAGAACGCGAAGGCAAGAUGCUAGUACAACUCGUUCUAGUGAAAAAGAGAGUCAAGAAAAACUUAUUUUUGAGUAAGUACUUGGUAAUUAAAUUAUUGUAUCUUCUAGUACCCAUAGUAAGGUAAUGAUCACCAUAUCUUGAUCACUCAAAAAUAGCUCCGCGGUAAUCUCCGUUGUCGAAGAUCAAAGCCAGUGUCGGCUGAUACAGCCGUUGACGGUUGGGGAAGUGGCGUGUUUUUUGACGGAACUGAGACGGCGACCCGAAUUGUCCAACUACUCAUUAGAGCAAUGGCGUUCCUGGCACGCGAAGAAGAGGUCAGGAUCUAGCAGCAAUGUUGCUAGUAAGGCAGGGACGAGUUGUGGAAGUGCAGCUAAUGUGGGUGGAGGUAGUGCUGUUGGGAGUACAGCUGCUUCGGAGAUGAGGCCAUCGCAGGUCACUGGCGGGUCCGAAAGUUCAAGUUCGAGUAAGCAAAAGAGCUUACCAACAGCGUUGUUUAAGGCUUUGCAUCAAAAAUAAUAUGUAGGGCAAAUCAUGUUAACAUACACGACUAUAAUUGAGUAAAUCCUUUUUCAACUAGCAUAUCGAAGCUCCUGCAUAUCGAUGAAAAACUUUGAUCUCUUCCAACUAGGUGAAACGGGACUUGGUGGAUCGCGGUACUAGCUAAGUACACCCUCUCCUCAUUCAUACUCUCCUCCAGUACAUCAGAGCGUGCGUCGAGCAAAGUCGUCGUUUACCAUGUCGACGAGAGUACACCAGCACGGCCGAUACUCUGCGUAGAUGAUAAAGAAUCCACAGUGUUGCGAGCGAUCGAGUUGCUUUACGGCUGCUUGCAUGUCUUUUGAAGUUAUUGAAGCAGCUUCUACCUAAUGUGAGGAGUCCAGAAGCUACUUCGAGAACUACUUGUCUUUUCUUGCUCCUUUCUGUAAGGAGAAAGCACGUCUGCAAGGAGAUCAGGCUUUCAAACAUUGAAUUAAUUUUUGGCAAGCUCUAAUUACUCCUCCAGUUUCCAGACUUGAAUGCGCUUCCAAUAGUAAAUCCAGAACGCGCCACAGUAGUAGCACACGUAACACUAGCUCAGUUGUUGGCGUAUACAGCGAUACAUGUGAGGAGUCCAGAAAUGGCACCCUUGGGCGACAUAUCGAUUACAAGUAGUGGCGGGAUGGGAGAAGUCAGUUAUGAAGAUGUCUUUUCAAGUUAUUGAUAAGCAGCUUCUACCUAAUCCUGUUGGACGAGCAUUUGAAUAUGACGCUGGCCGAAGUAGAGUUCGUCGUUCGAGUAGUUGUCAACUAAUUAAAAUAUCUUCCAUACCCCACGAUUGGGUACACUACUACUACUACUACUACUACUACUACACGCUCCUCUAAUAUUCUCGUGCAAGCAGAGCUGCGAAUAGCGCGAUGCAGGAAUUGAGUUAUCGAUUUGUCGGCGAAAAAAGACCGUCAGGCGACAACGGCGGAGGUGGAGGAAGCACCAGUAGUACUACUGGAGGAAGUUCUUCUUCUGGUUCUCCGACUACCAACAAAGGCACUACUUAUAAUUAAGGCUCAACUUUCAAUGGUCACCAUUGAGAUUGGGGUUGGUCACUGAGAUCGAAGAGGCGACCCCUUGAGACAACAGGGGAAAACGAAGGGAAAGAAGGGGGUCUCUUCCGUUCAGCAUCAAUGACCAUUGAAUGCUGAGCUUUAAUAUAAUGGAUACGGAGGUAGUACAGGUCAGUCACAGGAUUGGCGUGUUAGGGUAGUAAAGCGUCACGCACGUUCAACGAGCAGUGGGGACUUACAGUCAGUAACAGGACAAGACGCGAAGACAGGAGAAGGAGGAGGAGCGCGAGAAGGUGGCUCAACAAGAAAUACAGUAGAGGCGUCAAGCACUCCUGGUGCAGGCUCAGCAAGUACUAGCGCGCCAACAGCAGGUGACCAACAGCAAGAGACAUCUUCAAGCGGCGAUGCAGGUCCCGGAGCAACUACUGCUGGUGCAAAAGCAGCUGGAGGUGCUAAGGAGAACAGCACAACUGGCGGAACUAGCACCACCAGUUCAACACAAGGUACACCAGUCGAUGAUGGCAACUCACCAACGACGGGGACAACUGCUGAUAUGGCUGCAUUAAUGAUUUUCAUUCGGAUUUCCACAUUUAGGUAAGCGCAAAACCAUCUAAUGGUGAGAAAAUCAACAAUAAUAUCGUGGACCACUGAAAAUGAUUUAUCACCAUUGCACAGAAGCUGAAAAACGGACAGAACUAUUAGUCUUAUUUUUCUGCGUUCUAAUUCUUCAGAAAGCAAGACUGGAAAUGGCAAAAGUGGCGCAGUAGACCCAGGUGGGACACAGAUAACAGUAGUGCAGGAUACGACAGCCUUGGAGCAUGUUUUAGCUUUUUUCUCUUCCAAUGAAGAUUUGACGGCGCUUCCAGUUGUCACAAAGAUGCAGGUGGCAUUUACGGUGGAUCGGGGCAUUUGAGAUUGUAGUUGGAAGUUUGUCUGAUAAUUGCUUAUUGCAAGAUCAUGAUGUAUUAUGGUUAAGUUGCGAGUAGCUGGAGGGUAGAUACAACAACUAGACAUGAUUGAUUAUACUGCUGAUCUCCAGUAAUUGCAACUCAGUGUCUAGAACGCGGACUACCAGCAUUGUCCUUUCAUGUCUGUAUCACCCGGUCGGUCCCCAGAUGCUACAGACAGAACACAAGAGCCUGGGAAACUUCCUAGCUCUGUCGGUAGCCCACAAGCAAUAGCGGCAGUGCCCGAAGGCUCCCCCACUGCUAGUGCAACCGCAGGCACAUCAUCAGCAACGUCCUCGGGAACGCAGGAUGCAGGAGGCCCAAACAAGAAUGAUAAUGAUAACAGCAACGCCAACGACAACAACCCGACUAGUGGGAACAAGAUUACUAGCAGUUCCUCGUCAGGGAAUCUUUUGCCUACUUCUACAACUGCACACAGUAGUACAGGUCCAACAUCUGCAAGAACUGCACAAGAAGGUGGCUCCUCGUCUUCGCAAUAUGUCCUAGUGGGCGCAAUAAGUAGGAGACAAGUCUUGCAGUAUCUAGACUUGUGCAUGCAGGACGCACUGGACCAGUUUGUGGAGAAACCGCUGAUCUUCAACCUAGCAUCCCCGGUGAAAGAGGUGCUCGACGUCUUAGUAAGAGCGCAGAAACAUCAAUUGAAUUAUGGGUAGAUUUUUUUUUCUAUUCUACAACUUAGUAAUUGCUGUGAAUUAUGGCUAGAAACAUCUUGGACUUGGCUAAUCAUGUUAGAUGAGAUGUAUAGAGACAUCAAGACCAUAGUACUACUGCCUCCAACAAUGUUGAGGCGUUCUAGAAAGCUGAGCAGCAUUUUCGGAUGACAAUUGUCGGAAUGCAUCUUUCGCAAUCACGUCUUUCUCUAAUCACAAAGACAGCUGAACUUACCACCACAGCAUUUGUGGCCAGGGUCGCACUCGUUUUUAGACCCGAGCUUUACGAAAGUGACGGCGUUAUUGCAGGUACUUUAUUCUAGAUAGAUUACGAGGAAAGUGGCGGCUUUGAUGUUGCAGGUAUUUGUUAUUUCGCCGCUGAGAUGGAAUUUUUCAGCUGGUUUGAUGAUUACAACAAUAGCUCCAAGAUAACAUCACAAUCACGAUCCCACAUCAGAACGGGCGUCCCUUAGAUUAUGUAGCAACGGUGAUAGGGAAGCCGGUGGUCACAUUGCGAGAUCUUCUGCCGCUCGUCCUGAGCGAUCGGUCUGCGCGGGUCAUGUUUGUAGAGAAACAAUUGCUCACGCGUGUAUAUACGGCAGGCGAUGCGCUACACGCAUUACUCUACGACGAGACCGAGCAGGGCGUUACAGCGGCAAGCUGA